AUGUCCGAUAGGAAGAGGAAGGCCUCCAGCUCGGAGGAACCAGUGUGUGUGCUGUGUCGCCGAGUGGAUGUUGACCCAAACAUCUGCGGGGACACACUUUCUGCAAGUGGGAUUUACGUCCAUAAGUUCUGCUUGACCUUUGCCAACAUCGUUCCUCAUGGGAUGAGAAUUGAGGAUGUCCCCCCUGCUGUCAUCACACGUGCAGUCAAGCAGGCAAACCAGAAGCAAUGCUUUGUUUGUGGCGAGAGGGGGGCUGCCAUCAGCUGCGCAGAGAGCGGUUGUGAACGAAGCUUCCAUCUGCCCUGCGCCAUGGAUGGGGAAUGUGUCACCCAGUACUUCAAUCAACACAGGUCCUACUGCUGGGAACACCGCCCUUCACAGGAAAUUGAGGAAGCUCCUGCAGAAGGCACCAACUGCCUCAUCUGCUUUGAGCCUGUGGGGGAUACCUUGUCCUACCACACCAUGCUGUGCUCAGCAUGCACGCAUGCCUGGUUCCACCGGGGCUGUAUCCAGCAACUGGCCUUGAAUGCUGGCGCUUUGAGCUUCCAGUGCCCCAACUGUCGAAACAUCGAGCGGUUUUUCAGACAAAUGAUCAUCCAUGGGAUCCACAUCCCACUCAGACCACCAUCAUGGGAGGCCAAUAAUGCGUAUGCAUCGCUGCAAGAGAGGCACAGGCGCUGCGAUGUCAGCAACUGCCUUAACCCAGGAGGAAGGGAGCAGGUGGAGACACGGGGGUGA